AGACGCGCGAUCCUGAAUGCGAUGGAGAGGGAAGAGGAUGCUUUCAGAUUCAGUGAUUCAGCAUUGCGCGACGACGACGACUUCAUGCGGCAGGCAGUGAGCAAGUCAGGAUGGUUUCUCAAGUACGCUAGUGAUCGUAUCCGAGACAACCCAAUCAUCGUCAACGCUGCCAUCUCAAACGAUGCCAAGUCUCUCAAGUAUGCGAGCUCGGGUCUGCGAGACAACUACAGCAUGGUUGCCAACGCCAUCGACUUGCUCCCCGGGGUCCUUCAGUACGCGAGUGCAAGGCUGAGAGAUAACAGGAGCCUUGUGCUCAAGGCUGUGUCGGUAGAUGGGAAUGCCCUUCGGUUCGCAAGCCAUGAGCUGAGAAAGGAUCGCUCGCUGGUGUGGAAUGCUGUCUCGUCGUGCAGGGAAGCCAUCCAGUACGCCGAC